UGAAAAUGAAAUCAAGAGCCAGUCAAUUCCUUUAAUUGGGCCAUUGUGUUUUUGUCAUAAUUAACAGUUUUUGUCAAUAAACAACAAUAUCUGAUUUGUUUUAACCCCAAAAAAGUGUAAUGGCGAGUACAUCGCUCUCGCCAGGACCAUGUGGAUCAGGUACACCAGACAGUGUGAAGAGUAACAAAAAAAGAAAAGGAGGUUCUAGCAGUAGAGACUCUGACGAUGAAGACAGUCAGCCAGGGAUGUACGCCAGCAGCGAUCAGGCAGAUAAGGAAAAGUUUGCUCGCGAGAGUCACUGCGAGAUUGAGCGACGGAGAAGAAAUAAGAUGACAUCAUAUAUCAAUGAACUUUGUGACAUGGUGCCAACGUGUUCCACACUUGCCAGAAAACCAGAUAAACUUACUAUACUCCGUAUGGCAGUAUCACAUAUGAAGUCACUCAGAGGAACAGGAAACACCAGUACAGAUGGAUCAUACAAACCCUCAUUUCUCACGGACCAAGAGCUUAAACAUCUCAUAUUAGAGGCAGCAGAUGGUUUUCUGUUCGUAGUGCAGUGUGAUACGGGACGGAUUAUAUACGUAUCUGACUCAAUUGUUCCAGUUUUACAUCAGUCACAGGGCGACUGGUUUGGUAACUGUAUGAGUGAUUUGAUCCACCCUGAUGAUGUAGAGAAAGUCCGAGAACAGCUGUCCACUACAGAGUCUCAAAACACUGGACGCAUUCUUGAUUUGAAAACUGGUACAGUGAAGAAAGAAGGCCAUCAAUCAUCAAUGAGAUUGUGUAUGGGAUCAAGGCGUGGUUUUAUCUGCCGUAUGAAGAUGGGAAACUUACAGGUCGACCCGAUGACCGCCAACCAUUCAUUACGUGUACGGCAGCGUAACACACUUGGACCUUCAACAGAUGGCAACCAUUAUGCUGUGGUUCAUGUGACAGGAUAUAUAAAGAACUGGCCACCCUCAGGUGUACAGAUGGAUAGAGGGGACGAUGAGCAUGGAUCCAGCCAUUGUUGUCUUGUAGCAAUUGGACGGUUGCAGGUGACCAGUGCUCCAAAUUGCUCUGAUAUUCUUGGAAAUGCUACAAAUGAAUUCAUUUCAAGAAUUACUGUUGAAGGAAAAAUAACUUUUGUUGACCAGAGGGUUUCAGGCCUGCUGGGAUACCAACCCCAAGAUCUCUUAAACAAGUCUGUGUAUGACUUUUACCAUCCGGAGGACCAGGCACACAUGAAGGAUACGUUUGAUCAAGUGCUGAAACUUAAAGGCCAAGCAAUGUCAAUGAUGUAUCGUUUCCGGGCAUCAAACAGAGAGUGGGUAUGGCUUCGUACAACCAGUUUUAGUUUCCAGAACCCAUAUACUGAGGAGGUGGAGUACAUUGUGUGUACAAACACUGCAGCCAAAACUGGGAAUCAAGCUGCACCAGCCUCUGCCUCAGGGGCCGGUGGACUUCCCCUGGACCAGAGCACAGAGUCCACUCCUCAGAUGAGUAAUUUUACAGCACCAAGGCCUAUGGUUGGCGGCAGUGACGCGUUGAAUGUUGGUGCUACAAGUAAACCAGAUUUCAGGGAGCAGUUCACAUCUGACCCUUACAGGCAGAUGGGGCGCCAACAACAGAAUAUGUAUGCUGGUUUUAGUUCGCAGUCCCCGAUGAAGUACCCCAAUCAACCUUCAUCUACAAACCUACCCCAACAGAGCCUUAGCCAAAGACAGAGUCCUGCUAGUUCGGGAAAUUGGGGCUCCCCAACGGGACAUUUUGCACAGAGUCAGGGUGGUGGAGAUUUUGGUGCACAGUCUGCAGCAGCGGCUGCUGGUCCAGGAUUUAGUCAGAUCAGUCCUAACAGUUCUUCUCCAGCACAAGGGAACAUGUGGCAACAGGGUUGGCAAGGAGGAGCUAAUGAUGGUUCUCAGCCACAGGCUGGUACCCAGCAACAUCAACCUGGGAACCAGCAAGAUGAGAAUUUCAGUGACAUGUUCCGCAUCCUUGAUCAACAAGGACAAGAGUUCAGUGACCUUUCCGGCAUGUUUAAUACAUUUACAGAUUGAUUGUAUUCGAAAAAUACAUUUCUUGGAUAGGAAAUAAAAAUCUGACCACCAGGUGGCGCUUGCUGAACAAUAUUUAUUUUUGGACAGAUUUUGAGGUAUAUUUAUUAGUUGAUGAAAAAGGAAAGGAAUUUUUAUGAAGAAAAGUUUCUGAAAGAUACCGUGGUCACCAUUAGUGGAAUAAAUACAAUUGUACAAGUUAUUUCAAUUGUAACUGAAAAUUCUUUAAAUAUGUGCUAUUAAUUUAGAAAUGUCUUCAUGUGUUCGCCUUUGUAACAGAUUAAAAAAAAAGGAAACAUGUUUUCUAAUGUUUUUUUUUUUAAUUUAACACAUGUAUUGUUUAUUGAAGAUGAAAUUGAUGAUAAAGUUGGUGAAAGAUUAGAAUCUGAUACCUUGUAUUGUUGAUAUUUGGUUUAGGUUAUUAUAAGAUUGUAAAAAUGGCAGAAUCUAUUAAAUUUCUCAGAGUUAUGCUUUACAAUUCAAGCUUUACAUGUAAGGAUUUGUUGCAUAUGUUGCUUUGACAAUGCUUUUGCAUAAUUUCUGAAGUUAUUUUUAUAUGUUAAUUGGUCAGAAGGAAUGGAAAAGAUGGGUUUUGAGUGGAAGAGUUCUUUUAGCUUAGAAGUUUUUCUGUCUUCUUUCCCUGUACUAAGCUAGGGACCAGUCUGAGAACUCUAGCAUCUGAUUGGUUGAUUUUGAGCUCAGUCUUGAAAUUGACCAAUGGCAAGGUUGCAUUUUGAGACUGGUCUCUGGCUGUAAAUUGAAUUGUUUUUGUCUGCAUAAUGACUAUUUCUUCUAAAACUCCUUUGUGGUAUAAUUUUGUUAAAUUGAUACUGUUGUUUAUCAUAUUAUGCAGUGCAUUUUUAACAAAAUAUGGAAUGCUUAGUUUUAAAUAAAAUGUGGAACU